GGCCCAUGCCCCAACGGCCCGCAGCCCCGGCGCCAUGGCCUCCGGGAGCGUGGCCGAGUGCCUGCAGCAGGAGACCACCUGCCCCGUGUGCCUGCAGUACUUCGCCGAGCCCAGGAUGCUCGACUGCGGCCACAACAUCUGUUGCGCGUGCCUGGCCCGCUGCUGGGGCGCGGCCGAGACCAACGUGUCGUGCCCGCAGUGCCGGGAGACCUUCCCGCAGCGCCACAUGCGGCCCAAUCGGCACCUGGCCAACGUGACCCAGCUGGUGAAGCAGCUGCGCACCGAGCGGCCGUCGGGGUCCGGCGGCGAGAUGGGCGUGUGCGAGAAGCACCGCGAGCCGCUCAAGCUGUACUGCGAGGAGGACCAGAUGCCCAUCUGCGUGGUGUGCGACCGCUCGCGCGAGCACCGCGGCCACAGCGUGCUGCCGCUCGAGGAGGCCGUGGAGGGCUUCAAGGAGCAAAUUCAGAAUCAGCUGGACCAUCUCAAAAGAGUGAAAGACUUAAAGAAGAGGCGGCGGGCUCAGGGCAAGCAGGCACGCGCAGAACUCUUGAGCCUGACCCAGAUGGAGCGGGAGAAGAUCGUGUGGGAGUUCAAGCAGCUCUACCACGCGCUCAAGGAGCACGAGUACCGCCUCCUGGCGCGCCUGGAGGAACUGGACCUGGCCAUCUACAACAGCAUCAACGGCGCCAUCACGCAGUUCUCCUGCAAGAUCUCCCACCUCAGCGGCCUCAUCGCCCAGCUGGAGGAGAAGCAGCAGCAGCUGACGCGGGAACUCCUGCAGUACAUCGGGGACACACUCAACAGGGCUGAAAGGAUCAGGAUCCCGGAACCUUGGAUCACACCUCCAGAUCUGCAGGAGAAAAUCCACAUUUUUGCCCAGAAAUGCCUGUUCUUGACCGAGAGUCUGAAGCAAUUCACAGAAAAAAUGCAGUCGGAUAUGGAGAAAAUCCAAGAAUUGAGAGAGGUUCAGUUAUACUCAGUGGACGUGACGCUGGAUCCCGACACGGCCUACCCCAGCCUCAUCCUGUCCAAGAACCUGCGGCAGGUGCGCUACAGUUACCUCCUUAAAAAAUGUACUAAAUAA